AUGGGACGCUCAAGGCUGUUGAUCUUGGGCCUUGUCCUAAAUGUUGCUCACUGCUUGGAAACUCCGGGAGAAAACCUGGAUGUAGUGAUCAAACACAAACAAGUCACGGGGGUCCUGGGAGAGGACGUAUACCUAGACUGUCUGUAUCUGGGUGGGAGCUCUAUCAUCAGCGCCCUGUGGAAACGCCAGAGCAACUCCAAAGUUAAGACUAAGCGCCUGACUGGGUUCAUCAAUGACAGGCCAUUUAUCCGUGACUCAGACUUCUCCAUCCCAGCCUCUGCCACCAACCUUACGGUGAAGAUGAGGGUAUCCACUGUGGAGGCAGAGGGAGAAUACACCUGUGUGUUCAUAUCUGAUGAGGAGGAAUUCACAGGCAGCAUCUUUCUCACUGUACUGGUCCGACCGGAUACACACAUUGAGGUGAAUGGAGACAUUGUCAGUGGCACCCACUACCAGUCAGUCUUGUGCUCUGCUGUCAAUGGAAGACCUGUGCCUGAGAUCAGCUGGCUGAUUGAGGGCACCUCCCCAUCUGAUGACAGUUUUACUGUGGUGAUGAACAAAACCAUUCACCCAAAUGGUACCGCAGUUGUGACCAGCAUCUUCCGCUUCCCUACCCACCUACAGGAUGAGGACAAGGUCACCUGUGUGGUCCAACACCCAAGCCUACCCAACCCAAUAAACACCACAGUAAGGGUGGAAACCUUUGUAUUUUGA